AUGAAGUACCUUUUGAUCUUUUUAAUAGAACACUCCUCAUUUGGUCUUUGUCUGGCAUUUCCUCAUGAGUAUAUCCUGACUAUAUUCCUGGUCAGAAUACGAUAUGAUCGAGCCUUUUCUUCUGCCUCCUCGGACAAAGUGAAAAAUCACUUCACUGGAAAAGAUUCCCGCCAGGCCAGCGAGCAUGUGCACAUGUGCACCCCAGCCGCACGCCGCCCCCGGCGUGUUCCGUUCUCUCAGAAGCACUGGGGCCAGCAUUUCCGCUCCGGUGCCUGGCAGGAUGCUUACGUAACCAUCACCUGCCAGAAGCCACUGACCUACAGUCUCUGCCUGGACAACCACACUACUCUGACAGGCACGAUCAUGAGGCCACGGAACACCCAGUGCAGUUUUGUCAGAACUUUCCAGAAACAUCAUCUCCAGAAUGGGCGGGGGUCCAGGAGAGACCAUGUUCUAAGCGAAUUCCCAAAGGGAAAAGCAGUGCUCAGAUUAAAGGCAAAAGAAUGGGCAGCAGAGGAUGAGAUGGGUGGCUAG